AUGUCACAGACAAGCACACUCUCGCCGCCUACGGGCUACGCGGCGGACGGUACAGGGAUCAGGAAAACACUGAGGAGGUGGAAAGACAAAUGGCGGACGAGCUCUGCGGCCAGCUCGCGCACAUGCAGCCCCAGAGCACCACUUUCACGAUUACCAUCCAACGCUUCGUCGGCAGCUCCUUCCUAUCACUCCAAACUUGCGUUGGAGUCGCUCCCUCCGAUUCCUGCCUCGCCGCCUCCGGCUCCAACUGCUCUCUUCACCCCCACCACAGAAACCUUCAUCCACUCGCCGGCAGACCCCAGGAACCGGUCACGGAAUUCUUCAAAUACGUCCAGCACAACGCCGCCGAGCACGCUGAAGAAACCGAGACCGGUAUCGAGGAGGAAUACAGCACCGUCCGACUUCCUUACUAGCGCGCUCCACGAAGUGAAUCGAACAGAGCUGCCGAUGAACGUCGUCACCACCACAAUAGUUGCUGGAAACGGCAGCGACAAGCGGAAACGGACAUCACGGAUGCGUCUGUCAAUCUCUCGAAGAGGAUCGAUACUGUCGUCGUCGCCUUCCAGCCCAUCGCUGAACAGCCAAUUCGAGCGGAGCAGUAGUCGGGCGACGUCGCGCAUGGAGGAGCGGAGCACCAGUCGAGCAGCCAACCGGGUCUCGGUAGUGCCAGAGUCAUUCUCGCCCAUUGAACGGGUGGAUAGCGAUCGCGAGACGCUGUUCGAGGAAACGGAGCUCAUCAAGAGGAAGCCCAAGGAGCUCAACGAGCUCGCGAAUGAAAGGGACAUUGGGACUGUGGAGCUAGCCUACCAGUACGUCGGCAGCCGCGAUGGAAAUAAGGCGUAG